CCCCUGACUGAGCUGAAUUUUGAUUUCGCCAGAAAUUAUCGCUGUCUAAUGGAUCAAUUGUCAGCUACCAAAACCAUGGGGCAAGCGGAUAUUUUACCGGAUAUGGGGAUAAGCCAGAUGGCCACAUCUAUAACAACUCGUAUGAAUUACAACAGGAUUAACACCGUCCAUGUACAGUAUCCUGCUAGGCUCGACGUUGAUCCAAUCACCAGCGUUGAAUCAGGGGAGAUACUCCCCGAUACCAGUGGGUUUCCUACCAGAUAUGAACCGCCUAGUGUUUCCUUUAAAACUUAUAGGUCGGUAUCUAACUGGGGUCACAAAAAGAUCGCCGACUAUGCACUUCAAAAUAGGAAACGCUCUUUUAUCACUCCGAAUUAUAUUUGGAAUGGCAUAAUGGCUUUUGGAGGGAAAUGUCCACCGAAAACAAGACUGCUCAGUUACGAGCAUGCUCAGAAUAUUAUACGUGCCGCUCUUAAAGUCGAUGAUAAAAUACCGAUAAUGGGAGUGAUGGAUAGUAUAGAGCACAUUCCGAGGAGCACCUCACCUGGAUUACCUUGGAUCGUGAAUGUGCCGGGACUUAAGAAGAGAGAGAUCCUUAAUAGGUUUCUUCCAUCUAUCGUCGGAUACUGGAGAAGGGUUGGGGCUGGAUUACCAGUCGUUCCAUUACCGGAUUGCGCCGCGUUUGCAAGAUCACAUAUUUCUACUCCUGAUAAAAAUAAGGUGCGUCCAGUUUGGGCAUAUCCUUUGCACGCUAUCGUUCAGGAGUCGCAGUUUGCCGCACCUCUCAUUCAUCUAUUUAAAAAUCAGGAAAUCCUGCCACAAAUGGCGUAUGGCAUGGAGAUGAUGAAAGGAGGUAUGACCUGGUUGCAUUUCCAAGCGAUGAGGGCUCGUUAUUUCGAUCCCGGAUGCAAGUUUAUCAUGUUGGACUAUAGUGCUUUUGACUCAUUGGUACCAGCAUGGUUAAUUCGUGACAGUUUCAAGUUAUUAGCAGAGAAGUUUGACUUUUCCCAUGUAAACCAGGGUGGGAACAUUCUUCCUGUUGAUGAGUCACAUGAAAAGAGGAAGUUUAAAAGGAUGGUUGAUUAUUUUAUUAAUACUACUAUCCGGAAUUCGGAUGGCAGAAGAUUUAGAAAGAACCAUGGAGUACCAUUUGGUUCAAUGUUCACUAACAUUAUUGAUACAAUUGUCAAUCUGUUGGUAAUGUAUACGAUCUGUGAUUGUAGUUUAGAAUGUACACCUAUCUUUGAACUGGCUUUUGGCGAUGAAGGAUUGAUAUGCAUACCUUCUUCUGUACUUGCUGACGUAGAAUGCUUUUCACGUGUAGCGAAAGAGAUAUUUGGCAUGGUAGUUAGUCCUACAAAGUCCUACGCUACAACUAAUCUCAAGAACAUUCGUUUCUUUGGAUAUUAUAACAAUAAUGGAUCUCCGAUAAAAGACUCCAUAGACCUAAUCGCAUCCAUGUUAUAUCCACAGUUCUUGAAGGACGACUGGUCCUACUGUAUUAGUCGAGCACUUGGUUGCAUGCUUGCUUCAGCUGGUUCCAGUUCGGAUGUUUUCCUCUGCGGACAAGCAGUUUGGAAUUAUGCGUCCAGGUUUCCCGAAUGCGCGAGAAGAGUCGCCGCUCACUCGCUCGAGAUACACUACUGUAGGUAUCUGGACCCAGCAACUCUCGAUCCCCGGACCCCCGACCAGCAACGUCGCAGAACUGCGUACGCUGAGCUCAUCUCGGAGUAGCGAUAUUCCACCAAACGGCUGCUGGAACUGCGAUGAUGUGGCGCACCAUUAGUCCAAUUACCCACAACCCCGAAGGUUGCAAUUCUGUUACGGAUGCGGAAGAAGAGGAGUCACCAUAAGGACUUGCCCCCAUUGUGGAGGAGCCUAGAGAAACCUCGAACUUUAUCAUCCCGAUCACAGGCAUGAUCUUCGAAAGAAAUAGAGGCUGUCGAGUACCGAAAGACCCAAAAA